UACCUAGUCGCAGGUCGUACCCGUAACGUCGGACACAGUUUUCUCGCACGCGCACAUAAACAAUAUUAUAAACAUAACAAUAUUGCAUUUACGUAAAAUGAACGCGCAACUGUUUUUAAAAAUAAUGUAGCUAUAUAGUUAUGUGGCAAAAUUGUGGUAAAGUGGAAAUCGAUUUGGAUAUUAGUGCACUGACGAGGGAGCCAUCAGAGGGAUAAAUACUAGAGUGUGUUUUUAAGUGAUUAACAUUUUUAAAAAGAUUCUUAUGUAAACAUGGCUUCAGAAAUUCGAAGGUUAUUAUCUGGCCUUCUAGUGUUCUGUGUGUUUAGUGUGGUAGCCAGUCAAGAGGAAGUAACGUGUUACGGACCUGGGUCAAUAGCAGCGACUGUUUUUAUAACGAUCGUGGUUACACUGGUUGCUUUAUAUCUUUUGUAUCUGUUACUGACACGUUAUUGGAAAAAAAAUAAUGAUAAACAUUUAAUUCUUGAAACCGAUCCGGAAAAAGGAAAGGGAGAAUAUGCAUUUGAUAACCCUGGAUUUAAAGAUACAACCCUUGCAUCGGCAUUUAAUGAAACAGAAAAAAAUAAGACAGAUUCCUUAAAAACAAAAUGGAGUCAUUGGUCACCAUUAAGUGCUUUAACAGCAAAAAGCGAAAAACGCACGUUCUUAGACGACUCCGUAAUAGGGAAAGAUGAAAUAAAAGUGGUAUGUUUAAGAAGUCAUGAUUUUACUGGACUGGGUUUUAAUAUUUUUGGAAAUAUGCGAGACGGGAUAUUUAUCAAAGAUAUCUUACAUAGAGGUCCUGCAUUUGAGUCCGGGAAAUUAAAAUCAGGAGAUUGCAUAAAAAGCAUAACCAUUAAUUUCGAACACAUUGUAUAUGAAGACGCUCUGACAAUUUUAAGUUACGCAAGCCCAUAUGAAGUUAUUAUCGAAGCUCAAGGUGAAAAAAGAGGUUUCAACCCUACGGGACAAGUUGGCCAACCACGCCAUCCCUUAUUCCGUAGCUCAUCUAAUACGGAUCUUGUUCAGAUUGGAAAAACUGCAAAGAAGAGGCUAUUUCAUGCAAACGCCAUAAACAAUUCUCUCAACUCCAGUUUUUCAAGUCUUCAGAAAAACCGUAGCAAUGCAACGACUUUGGAGAGAAAACACUCCAACUCACCAAAUAUUGGAUACCAGAAAGAUCUGCUAAAAGCCCAACUGGAACAGAGGAUACUUGAAGAUCAUGAUGUUAAUCUUAAAAACAAACGAGAAAUGGUCGAAGAUGACCUGAAGAAGAUCAACAACAGAAUGCAAAAAUCGGAAAACAAACUUCAGAAAUUCGGAAUUCGAGUUCUUCCACCCGAAAUAAGUCCACAUAGUAAAGAGCAAGUGAGUCCUAAAACGACUGAAAACUCUCAAAACGACAAUAAUGCCAAUUUAGAACGAAAUUCACUUUUAAACAGCGUGAUGAGUGAAUAUGAUAGAUUGAGUAUUGAUGAAGUGGACAAAAGAGAAAAGAAGACAGUUCAAGAAGUAAAACAACAAGAAACGCCAGAACAUUCAAUAGUGCAAGUUGACGAAAACAAAGACAUUUCAAAUUUUGACCGAAGUCCUAAUCAGUCUAGUGUUAGACGGGACGAAAACGGCAUUCCCCAAGAAAUACCGAGUCACAUGCAUAACGUAGCAAUGGCAGCUAAAAGAAACCGUAAAUCAUCAACCGAUAAAAUGAUUGAUGAACUCGACGGAUCAAAAACACCCAAAAAAUCAAAAGGUCGCGCUCCUGCUCCUCCAGAAGAAAACAGCCUUUCCAUCAAUACAAAUAUAGAAAAUGGUGAACCCGAAUGCGUAAGAUCACACAAAGAAGUUGGCGGUACAGAGGGCAAGACAUACCCAGAAAAGCAUCCUGAUGAAAUAUUCAAACACUGCAGCCCUAAAUAUAAUAAAAGUCAUAACCAGCAUUCAAAUUCAGGUCCUAAAGAAAAUGGUAAACCCACAAUUAAUAAUUUAAACGAAAAUGGAAUUUCUGGUUACGCGUUGGACUCAGAUGCAGAGAGUGAUAAUCAGUCGUCUGUAAACACCAUAGCUCUGAAUUCUAGUGACAUCACGAUUCAUCAUAUUGAAGAUAACGAAGAAAUUCAAAAUCGUAGAACGGCUAGUACAGGGGAUUUGUCAAAACUACAGAGAGCCAAAAAGGGAGGCGGAAGUACAUUAGAAAGGGCUCAAAGUUUAGACAUCGCCGAUACAGGAAUUACAUUGCCAAAAAAGCAUAAAUCGGACAAUUUGGAAAUGACUGGAUCUGACGAGAGUGUUUAUGAAAAAUACAUGAUGUAUAAAGAACCGAGACUAUCGCUCGUCUUAGAUGGGCUUAAUACAUUUCAGAGAAGUCGGCUAAAGAAAUCAACAGAAUGGGGAAAUUUGGAGGAUGCAAUUUUAAAUUUGGACAAAGACACAAACAGCGAAGAAAGUAAACCACCUUCGUAUGAAAAUUCAAGCUCCAGAGAAUUCGACGCUCUCGUGAAUAAAAUAAACGAAAUUAAAAACGAAGACGUAAAAGACGUAGAAAACGAGAUGGUUAAUGACAUUGCCAAAAAGGACGUCCUUCAUAAAACUUAUAACGACCUAACAGAGAUUAUGAACGACGAGAAAUCCAACAUAAUGGAAGAAUUAAGUAAACAACAUUCCGACCGCAUUAUUUUAAAAAAUCUGUCACCUUAUGACGACAUAUCUGUACUAAAGGACAUGGAAAACGCCCCUUCAAGCAUAGAUGACACUUCACUUGAAAAUGUCGAAUUAAAAAUAUUACCUGAAGAACCCUUACUGAUGGAAACUACUGCUGCAAACCCAAAAGCAGUACUAACAGCAACAAGUCCUCCACCAGAAGAUUUAUUGGAAACCAACGGAAUAACAACCAGUGAGAUUGAAAUGUACCUUUCCGAAGACAAUGCGGAUCAGAAAGCAGAAGCACCAAAAAGGAAAUCCAGAAAUCAAAUUUGGCCAACUUUUGAAACCCAAACUGAAAAACCAACCAUACCACCGCGAAAACCAGAGCCACCUCUUCGUAGACCCGAACCACAUCUUCGAGAAAAACAUCGACAUCCUGAGGUAGAAAGUGCCGAAAAGAAAAAUGAAAAUAUUAUAACAGUUACUAAGGUGGAAGUUACGGCUGUCGAGGAACCACAAAUUAUUACAAAUUUAACUGAACUGGACAUACCAACUACUGAAUCAGAAGCCAAAAAAUGUCAAACAACCACUACAAUAACUCUCAAUUCGGGAGUAAACGUUUCUAAACCCAUUUUGGGUAAUGAAGAACCAGCGGUACCAUCACCAUCUGAUAAAAGCAGAGUGCAAAUUUCUUCACGGUUCUUCAAACCGAAAUUAAUGAAAGAAUUUUCUGAAAAUUUAAUAAUAGCUGAAAGAUUAUUCGGUUUGAACGAUCCUUUUUAUAAUUCGAUGGAUUCAUCUAGCCUCGACCUGAACGUUUCAGAUGACAUGAAAGUCUCUAGACAUUCCUUAGGAAACUUGCAAACUGAAGCAACGGCUUUACCUUUAGAAAAAUCCAGUAAACAAUUUGAAAAUAAUAUCAGUAGCAUUAUGAUAGAGUCUCCAUAUCAAACUAGCGUAAUAGAUCAAUUAAGUGCUUCUUCUAGUCUACCUAUUAACGAAAACUACGUAGCUGAUUCUGAUGCAAGUAUGAAUAACACAACAUCAUUAUAUACCACUGCUUUGGAUCAAACGCUUACACAGGCAAAUGAAUCAUUAAAAACAGUGAGCGAGGUGGAAGUAGAAGAGGAAGACAAAAACGUACCGGUAACAACUCCAGAUAUCAUAAAAAACAUCACGUUAACAGAAGUAAUUAAUACAGUUAACACACAAAUGAGCUUACUAGAUAACAAGCCUAAGUCACUAAAGUUACAAGUGGUAGGGGAUUCCGAAUCGGAUGAAAAUAAUAAAAAUGUUGCUAAAAAAUUGAUUUAUGAAGAAACUCCAGUGGACAAAAAUUCAACUGUUAACAUUACCGACAGCUCAGAUUCUAAUGAUUCCUUGACAUUCGUAACAGAAAUUCGAGUAUCUCCAAAUGCAUCAGUUAGUAGUAACAUAUCAGAUACAGACACUUAUUCUAUUUCACCAGAAGAUCCUUCUCACAAAAAUCUCGAAAACAAAUUUGAAAGUUACGUGAAAAACUUCGAAACUAACAGAAAAAUGUUCGGCUCCCCGGUUAACAGUACAACGCACUACAAAACUGAAUCUCGAAUACCAUCAAAAAUAACAUCAAACAGUGAUAAGAACCAGCCAGAAAAGGACCUUCAAAAAAUACACGAAAUUGUUGAAGAACAACUGAAAAAACUCCCAGAAAUGAGAUUUUCAACGUCCAGUUACGAAUCGACAUCAAAAAUUCCCGAAAAACGAUCGUCUCAUAUUGAACAAAUUAGAUCAAACUUUGAAAAAAAUUCAAAUGACAAAAGUCCAACAAAACCAAAGGCGGAGGGAGUUAAAUCGCGAAUACCAGUGGCAACACAAAAAACACCCCCAACAUCUCCUGAACGUAGAGAUUCUAGGCCAGAUUCGGAAAUAAACUCGGACAUUCUCGAACUUAUGUCUUCCAAAGUGCAUUCAACUCCUGUGUGUAGCAAUCUUCGGUACCAACCCAAAAUUCCAACAAAAAAUGUCACGGUGACUUCCAUUCGCGGUAAUUCCAAGAUACCUUCGGGAAUACCCGGUCGACCACCUAUACCAACUAGGAAACCUGAAAAUUUAGAAGCACAAUCCAACGGGAACGGUGAGAGCAGCUUUAAACAAUGGGUAUUCACCCAAUCUGAAUCUGCCGUUACCAAUAUAAUCGUUGACAAUUUUAAACCGGAACAAAAAUGAAUGAAUGAAUAGGUAUAUGUAUACGUAUACUUUGUUAACACUUUAUUGUUACCUAACAAAAGAGAUAAAAGUUGUAAUUAAUUAAAUUUACACCAGAGCAAUGGUAUUUUGAAAGACGUUUGAUGAGAAAGAACAGA